CUCGUGACACAAAAUCACUAGUAAACAAGAAAAACCAAAUUCAUUAAUGGCCUCUCAUUCUCCAAAGAGAGAAGGCCCUUAUCUUAAUGUACUAUUCCUCUUUGUGAUUCUCAUCUCCAUCAUCAACCCCUCACACCAAGCUUCUUCCCCUACUCUGCCCCCUCUAAACCCUAGACUCUCCAAAGCCUACACUGCCCUUCAAGCAUGGAAACACUCAAUCACCUCAGACCCCAAAAACUUCACUUCCAACUGGUGUGGCCCCCAUGUAUGCAACUACACCGGCAUAUACUGUGCACCUGCCCUAGAUGACCCUUACAUCUACACAGUGGCUGGAGUUGACCUAAAACAUGCCCCCAUCUCCGGUUCACUCCCUCAAGAACUUGGCCUCUUAACCGACCUAGCCCUUUUCCACAUCAACUCCAACCGCUUCUGCGGUUCCCUCCCCAACACCUUCGACCAACUCACCCUUCUCCACGAACUCGACAUCAGCAACAACCAAUUCUCAGGACCAUUCCCCGAGCCUCUUCUUUGCCUCUCUUCAUUGAAAUACUUGGAUAUCAGGUUCAACAACUUCCACGGCAACGUCCCCUCGCGCCUCUUCGACCUCAAACUCGAUGCCCUUUUCAUCAACAACAACAACUUCCAAUUCUCCUUGCCUCAGAAUUUCGGGAACAGUCCUGCUUCUGUGGUUGUGUUUGCCAACAAUGACCUCAAGGGGUGUCUUCCUUCGAGCUUGGUCAACAUGAAGGGUACCCUUAACGAGAUUAUCAUCAUGAACAGUGGCUUAACGGGGUGUUUGCCACCGGAGAUAGGGGACUUGGAGAAAGUAACAGUGUUUGAUGUCAGCUUCAAUAAGUUGGUUGGAGAAUUGCCUGAGUCAUUGGGGAGAAUGAAGAAGUUGGAACAGCUGAAUGUGGCGCAUAACAUGUUGUCUGGCACGGUUCCCGAGAGUGUUUGCAUGUUGCCGAGGUUGGAGAAUUUCACGUACUCGUAUAACUACUUCUGCACUGAGUCACCGCUGUGUCUCAAGUUGAAAGAUAAAGAUGAUGCCAAGAAUUGUCUUCCUUAUAGACCAUUGCAAAGGUCACGUGAGGAGUGUGAAGCUUUUUAUGCACAUCCUGUUCAGUGUAGUGCCUUCGGUUGUGUAACUCCACCGCCACCGCCACCUCCGCCGCCUCCACCACCGCCACCGCCUCCACCACCACCUCCGCCACCACCACCACCACCGCCGCCGCCCCCAGCGGCUUACUACCACUAUCCCUGAGGAGCCAUGGCAGAAAUAAAAAUUUUUAAUUUUUUUUUCUUUUCUGAAUUUGUUUCUAUAUUUUUUUGGAGAUUGAAAGACUAGCUCAGUGAAUAUAAUAUUACACGUGGUUUUCAUUUUUGGUCAUA